CUUAUAAUGGCUGUGCCUUUUCCUCACCAGUGCUUAGUGCUCAGCUGAACAAAGGCUAUUCAAGUUUCCAUGUGAAGGGAGCCAGGACAUUCUUUCCUUACCAUCUUUCAAGACCUGCUUUUCACAUCCUACUACUAAUUAAUGAAGAGCAAAGGAUGCUUUGCUUUCAAGACAUCAAUUCAUCCCCAAAUCUCUGAUUAAAGACUUAGGCUGCUGUGGAAAGAGAUGCCAGUGAGGCUGAUGCCAAAGCUGUGAGAUGGAGAGUAAGUACAAGGAGAUGCUGCUGCUGACAGGACUGGAUAACAUCACGGAGGAGGAACUGCAAAGGUUCAAGUUCUUCCUUCCAGAUAAGUUUAAGCUCGCCAAGAGCAAAGUGGCGGCUGCAAACAGGAUUGAGUUAGCGGACCUGAUGAUUCAAAGCGUGGGUGCAGCAUCUGCGGUGAACAGGACCAUUCUCAUUUUCCAGAAGUUGAAUUUUAUGCAGGUAGCAAAAUGUCUUCAGGAAGAGAAGGAGAAAGUUGAUAACAAAUGCAAGCCAAAUCCAAAGAAUGGAACAAAGCAAGUAGAAAAAUGUCAAACUGAAGCUCAUCCUGUUGUCUCUGCCACCAUGAGAGAAGACGGCAUCAAGAAACCCUCUACAGAAGUCUCUCCUCCAGCUAAGCCUCAGAAAAAGCAGAUGGUCGCCAAGCAGGAAUCCAUCGGAAGCAGUCUGCAGCAAGGCCCUCUGACAGUGUUGGUGCUAAAAGCAAUGAAGCCCUUCGUGUUUGAGACCCAGGGAAGGAAGCAAAAGAUGUUUCAUGCUACAGUAGCUACGGAGAGGGAAUUCUUUUUUGUAAAAGUUUUUAAUAUACAGCUGAAAGAUAAAUUUACCCCAAAGAGAAUAAUUAUAAUAUCAAAUUAUCAUUGGCACAGUGGUUACCUGGAAGUGGACAGUUCUUCGAUUGUGAUUGAUGAUGAACCUGACCACCAGGUCAGUGUCCCAAAGCACAUUAUCAGAAAAGCUGGGGAAACUCCCAAGAUUAAUAAGCUUCAAUCUCAGCCCCAUGGAACAAUUGUGAAUGGGGUAUUUGUAGUUCAGAAGAAAACAGAGGAAAAAGAUAGUGUGUUAUAUGAUGUAAAUGACAACACAGGGGAGAUGGCGGUGUUGGUGCUUGGAAACCAGAGCAAACUAAAAUGUGAAGAAGGAGAUAAACUUCGACUUACAUUCUUUGAGGUGUCAAAAUGUGGAGAGGAACUACAGCUGAUAUCUGGACCCCACAGCUUCCUUAAGGUUAUUAAGGCCAAAAAAAACCCCCAAAGACUGCGAUGAAAAAGACCCACUGAAGUCAAGUCAUCUGUGCAGCAUUUUAUAGAAGAAUUCUGAGACAGGCUCUCCAACCGUUUGUGAGCUGCCUGAAAACAGCAAUUUACAGGCUCAUCCCCCCACUGUCUUAGUCCAAAAAGGAUAACAUCUCAACAAACAACUCUAAAGUAGCCAGACUUUGUCAUUGAUUAAAGCCUUAGUUUUUCCAGGGAUUGUGUCAGGAUUCUUCUCUAUGUAGAUAUUCAGGGAUGUUGUAAUUGUUCUAAAAUUUUUUGUUGGCUGAAUCUAGUAUUAGUGGAAACUGUCCAUCAUAUGUAGUGAUAUGUCAGUAUGAGCUAAAUAUAUAGAGAACCAAAUUUGUGGGGGAACAAAUAUGAAAGGCUUGUGAACAUGAAAUUUUGUCAGCUUAACUAAUAAUCUAAGGAAGAUCAUUAAACAGCAAACAAAUAUUCUCCUUACACUCAGGGUGUGUAAAGUUGGGCAACAUUUUGCUACUGUUCUUACAAUGAAAAAUAGGGUUAGAUAGUUUGUAGAAAUCACAUUUUCUGAAUCCAUCACAAAACUGAGGUUGUAGAGCAAAUUGACAAGCAAAAAUGUGAGGAAAGACAAAUACCUUCAAGGAGUGAUGAGGCAGAAACAUUUUCUAACCUGGGGCUUACGGUGUACACUGGAUAUUCCACAAAUUAAAAAAUUUAAGCUAAAAUUCGAUCACAAAUUACCCAAGAUUAGCUUGGACUGGCUAGGAAUAUAGAAAGAAUGGGGGCUGCAAUCAUAAGGAGAAUGUACAGCCUUUCUGCAGGCAUUCCAAGGGUUUCAUUUGAUGGUUAUGAGAAAGACUAAGGAUAGGUCUGGGAGUGAAACAUAAGGUACUAUUGGAAAGACAAGAAGCCCUGCCUUGAUCUUUUCAUACAAAACAAUACUUCUAGGAUAAGAGAAACAACUCCUCUUCGUGACACAGAUGAAGACCUUCUGAAUCAAAGGGAAGGGAAAAUUGGUCUGCUUCUGAGCAAAGGGAGAAAUAGGUUCUAUGUAUAGAAUAUGAAGAGUCUUCAACAUGUAGAGGAGGACAGAAUUAGAGGUGAAACUCUUACCCCAAGACUUAGAAAAAUACAGGACUCAGUGUCUGCCACAUACAGCAGAUGAACCGGACAUUGGAGUAGUGUCUCAUCACUUCAUAUGCUCUUGACCACCAGGCUAACAAGCAUCAGAUAACAAGUUGCAACAGCCAACUACUAGGAGUUGGUUCAAGAGCGUGCAUAUAGGGCUGAGGGUGUAGCUCAGUAGGGCCAUACUUGCCCAGCACACACAAGGCUUCACAUUCAACCUGUAGCAUUGCUAAGGUUCUAUCAGAGAAUUGUUCAGACUGGAUAGAACAGCAGAUAUCAUCAGAUGGACAAUUACAGAGUCAACAUGAAAGCUGUGAGGGAGAAUGAAAUGGAAAUGUUGGAAAUCAGUGGCAUUUACAGCAGCAUAAAAUGCCUUCAGCAGGAUCAGCAGUAGACUUACCACAGCAGACGGUGAAACCAGUGGACUAAACAUAAAUCAAUAAAAAUUACUAGAACAAAAAGCAAAAAAAGCACAAGUUGAAAAAUAAAACCAAUCAGGUAAAUGUAUCUGUAAUGGACUCCCAGAAACACAAUAGAGACUAGAAUAUAAGGAAUGUUUAAAAAAACAUGGAAGGAAAGUAAAGAGGUUUUCAAAAGUGAUCAAUAGUGGGGGUGUAGAUCAGUGGUGAGAGCAUGCCUAUGAUAUGCAAGACACUGAACUCAACUCCUGGUACCCAAAAUUCAAAUAAAAAAGUACCCCCCACCCCCACAAAAAAUAGAUCGUGUGUUAUAAGGACUGAGCUGAAGAAAUUUUAAAAGAAAUUUUUUAGGGAAAUGAAUUUAUAGUAUUUAUAUCCAAAUCGUAUGUAUAUUAGCAGUUUGGACCUGUAUAAUAGAAGUACACUGAAAAAUGGCAUGGUUGAAGGCAAUAUAAGAAUCUAUUUAUUUUUUCUUAAUUUUAAAUACAAGAAACAUGUUCAAAAAGCAGGGCUUGGCUUUCUAUGCAUGUGUAUAUAUUAAGCUGUGUGUGCCACACAGCCCAGCUACAGCUGGUUAGAUCUGCCCUGGCAGCAACCAUAGAAAACACACAAAAAAGUCUGUCUG